AAGGUCUACUCCGAGGGACAACUUGGAGCGGAGGAGGCGGAAUUUGUGCUGCCAAGCGCCGCUCCGUUCGGACCGAGGCUCGGGCUCACCGAACGCGGCUCUGCAUCCACGGUCGGGUGCGUCCUUCGUCCCGCGCGGGGGGCAGAGCCCAUCUGCAGUGAGCAGCGUGACAUCCGCGAGUGGCACAUGGAGUGUUCCGGUGCUCUGGUUCCUGCUGUCUCACAUCGGGUCCUCAAGAGACACAAAGCCUCUGCUGUAGAACGCGCUCUCCCGAUAGCGCCUUGUCUCCAUGGUAACAGACCUCAGGCAGACUCAACUUACUCGACACUGGACUGCACCGAAGAGCAUUUGAACACAAAUCCAAAUAAUGAAUCAUUCUUGAGAUAUAGUAGCGUGGUCUUUGUUAAUCAGGUGCUUUUCACAGUACUAGACGCUAAAAUGUCUGAAAAACUCUCGUUUGAUGACAUACAAAAAGCGUUGUGUUCUCUCUAAAUGGUUAUUUAUUCAAAGGUUUGCUCUCCUUGAUCACCAUGUCGGGGAUGUAUUCAUUGGCCAUUAAGGCUUCUUAAACUGGGCAGCACCGGUCCCGUUCUGGUCUGAAAGCGGUUCCGAAACCAGCACCAGAAUGCACCAGCUGUUCGGCCAGGUGCUCGGCCAGAGGGAUCUGUCCAGAGCAGGGGACCUGUUUUCUCUGGAGGACAAAGAGAUCGAAGCCUGUCUGUCUCAGGCUCUGGACCAGAUCAAGGCCAUCUCCUGCUCACAGGACUAUUUGACCAAUGACAACGACCAGGCAGUGGUGGAGAUUUGCAUAACGCGCAUCACCACGGCCAUAAGGGAGACGGGCUCCAUCGAGCGGCACAGCACGGCGCUGGUGGGGUUGUGGGAGUCGUGUCUUGAACAUAACCUCACCCCGCAGGGCGAAAGCACAGAGGACACGCCGCAUACCAAGAUAGCCUCGGACAUCACCAGCUGUAUCCUGCAGAACUACAGUUGUCCCUCUGUCAUGGUGCUGGCCGUCCCGGUGGCGGUUCGAUUCCUGCAGAGCGGCAACAGGGAGCUGAGCAGGAACAUGUCCAGUUAUCUCUCGCUGGCUGCUAUCGCCAAGGCGGAUCUGCUGGCUGAACACACGAAGGCCAUAACGCUCAGCGUGCUCGGAGGUAACCACAUGCUGCUAAGAGUGUUGCCCUCGGUCUACCCCAGACAACCAGACACCAUCCACUGUCAGCUGGGCAACCUCACCGCGAUGAUGUCACAGCUGGAGUCCCCCGAGCAGCAACACCUAAUCCGACUUAUCCAAAUCGUUGCCGAGCAACAUCCACUGAUGUUGAGCCCCCAAGUGCCCGCACUAGUCGGGUACCUAGGAGACCAAUCCCUCACCGAGGCCCUACUCGGUUCGCUGGUGGACGUGUCACAGGCCAGCCCUUCUUCGCUGGUCAGCUUUCUGCCAACGCUGAGGAUUGUGGGACAACAAUGCCCCGCUCUCUUGGGUAAAGUGGCCAAAAUCCAUGGUGCCGUGGGUAUCAUCAGUGAGACUCAUGCUCUCAGCGUGUUGGUCUACCUGGUGUCCUGCCUGGGCAGCAUGGAGCACAGCUUCCACCACACGCUGCUGCUGGAGAUCAGAGCUCUUACCGACCGCUACCCGUCUCUGCUGGGAGGCUGCGGCAAAGACAUCUACCGGAUGAGCAACUCGUUCACCGCUAUCGCCCGACUGCUGGGGCAGCGGCUGGAGGAGAGCACGGCCACGCACCGCAGGGGGAAUGAGGCGUGCCUGCCGACUCCUGGUGCGUCUCUUCCGGGGGGAGGUUUGGGGUCAGAGCAGCGGCUGCAGGUGAAGAUCCAGGCCUUUGAGGAGAAAAUGGGCGAGGAGAGGAGAGGAGAGGACGAGCUGGAGGAGGACUCUCCUGCCCCCCAACGACGCUACAGCCUGAGCCAAGCCGUCCGGGAGGAGAGACGAGAAAUGAGAUUCAACAGGUCAAAGAGCCUGGCCCUCCACGCCGGGCGCUCGCGCUCCGUCAACUCGGACGCGGGGGAAGACGGCGAGGGCUCGGAGCCGAGCCCCGACGGCAACGUCUCCAACGCGUCGGCCCUUUCGCAGCACGAGGAGGCGCCGCCCGCAGAGAGGAAGCCGCAGGGUGACGGCUCCAUGCCCGUCACAGCGGCCAAAGAGGCGGAGGAAGGUCAAAGCCGAGAGGAGGAGGAGGAGGAGGAGGAGGAGGAGGAGGAGGAUCACGAAGACACUGACAGACUCUUCAUUUAUUUAAGAGACAAUAUAGAGACGGUCAGAGCGUUCUGCCGAGACACGGCGCAGCAGAUCCCCGUGCCAGAGCAGUGUGCAAUAGAAGAUUCAAAUCGAGGAUGUGUGGCCAAGCUGUCGUUCUCCUGUCCUCUCAAGGGCCACUACUGUCUGUACGCCAAGUCCUGCUUCAACCUGACCAGCCGGCAGCCGCAGCUCUGGAUACGCAUCAUGCUGCUGCAUCUCCAGAGUAAAUCCAGCGUCGCUUUGUGCUCCAAGGACGAGUGUGUCCAGAGGCUCGCCAGCCUUUGGGAGAAGACGCAGCUAAAAGGAGCUCACAGCUUCCCAGUGGCUAUGACAGAGAACACCACCCCACACAGGAAGGACCUGAACAGUCUCCAGAUCCAGCUGGAGGAGGUACGUUUUUUUGACCUGUUUGGCUACAGUGAGGAAGAGGAGGGUUGGCUUUGCUUCAUGUGCAACAAUCCUGAGAAGGCCACAGGUAUGCUCACACACACACACACACACACGUUGUCUUCUCGUAUUCAAUGAGGGAGCCGUUACUCUCACUCGAGAGUAUUUUUUGUUCCGUGUAAAUUUAAUUUAAAUGAAUGUGUUGUAAAUGAAUGAUGGUGAAAACGCUGAUGGAUGAAAUAAGCUCAAAUGAUUAUUCUCUCAUAUAUUACCGUAAAAUUACUCAUUUUAAAUUCCCCUCUGGUUUCCCCUGAAUUGCGCCUGCCCCUUGUUUUCUUCUUUAAACAGAGCAAUAAACCACCUCAGUGGGGUUUGAACUUUUCUCCCAUUUAAAUCACGGCACAAGCUUUCCCGGACACGCGGUUGGGGGCUGAUUCUGAAUCCAUCGCAGCGCUGAGCUCUAUGGGAUGUUUCCACUCAAAACGCCAUCAGGGGGGACAACCUUUUCCCAGAAAAGUGGAGAGAAAUGGAGCAAAGAGCAGCUCUUGUUUAAUAGCUGCCCAUCCGAUUUGAAAAAGCACUGUAAUCAGUCGUCCUGAUUUACUGCUGAUUAGUUUACUUUGGACGAGCGACCCCCUUCGGCGGGAACUCUGUCCGGAUGAAGUCAGAUUUUGGAAUAGCGACCGAAUCCUGAAACCACAUUUAGAUGACUGUGUUUGUGUUUUCUGUCUUGAGUAUUGAGUAUAUAUUGAGCACAAACCAAAAACACCCUUUUCUACAUCUGGCUUAAUACUACAACUCUACAAAAUACUGGCUCCUCGCUGUUCAGACUUCCUUCCUUCGCUUUUGCUUUUCGUUCGUGCAAUUUCGUACGUCUCGCAAUUAUGUCAAUUCACCCAUUGAGUCCUUCUACUUACUGUAUCUCCUAUGUUCCCUUUGCUACUGUUGCAACACUCCGCUGUGGGACUAAUAGGAGGUAAUAUCACGUUAUUCUAACUGUUGGCCGUCUCUCCCCUGGCGCCCGUCUCUGAAAAACAAGAGACACGAGAGACUGAAUUCACAGUCUAUAAAUCGAUGAGCGACCGAUUAGCCUUCAAAGGACAUGUGGACAUGAGUUUGGUGAACAGGCUUCAAAUCUUCUUGUGUCUCUCUGUCUUUCAUAGAAAGCAGUUAUUAGUUUUAUAGGAAGGGGAAGAAGAGUGCAAGUUGUGGCCCGUGCUGCCUGCACCGCGUGGUGGAGAAGCAACGCGAGGCCCGAGGGCGGCUGUCAAUCAUCCCGCCGCGUUACCGUGGCUCAGGAACUAAAUGUAAUAUCGUGAACAUCGCCCCGAAGAGAGCAGAGUCGCCGUGACAUCUAUGUUGUAUCUGUAAUGAGAUCCGGGCCCAGACAACCCUGCAGAGAUCAAAUCACUCUCAUUAAACCUGUGAAAAACCGCACGUAUUUUAUUAGCGUCAGAGGUUGUAGUCAACGCAGUCAGCAAUGCUGAGUCUGAUGUUUUUUGUUUAAACGGGAAAUGAACACAUUCCAAGAAAGACGUGCAACAAGCAGCCGGCAUUCAGCCGCACACAUGAGAACGUGUGAUAUGAGUUAAAGAAAUGAGGACUUGGAAGCGCUGGAUGCUACUUGGCAGUCAGUGAGAUGAAUUGGAGUCCUGACAUGUGCAGUACUUGUGGAGGUUGUGGCCAUAAAUCUCGUCCACUGUAUUCAAUAAGCGAUUCCUGUGGGACCUCCAGCACCUGAGGCCUGAGAUUUGUGUGUCAGUCACAUGAACCCUGAACAAACAUUAUCUUCAGCAGGUCAUUAGUCAGUGUUCAUUGUUGUCGAAAGUUGGCUACAAAACUUUGAGUGAAUGACGCUGCUUUAUGCAAGAAAAUGUUUACAGAACAUUCGGUACAAAAUAAAUGGUUGAUGCUGUGUGCCACUGAUAUUUGGGAUUAGUGAUCACACCACAUGUCUGUUUCAUUCCAUCGUAUAUUGGAUGCAAACACACAUUUAAAUAGCUCAUAUACAAGAAUCUCAAUUCAAAAUGAAAAAAUAACAAUAAUAGUCGAAGCCAGAAAACUCAAAUUUACACUUGAGACGUGUGUUUACUGAUCCAACUGGAAGCCGUCCAGCUGCAUCCAGAACUACAUCAUUUCACUAAAGAAAACGUAACGACUGUACUUCAGAUCCUGUGGAUUUGGAAUUGGAUCUUUACCACUUUUAGGUGACCCAUUUUUGCAAUUUCAGCACAAAUGGAGCACACAAUCCUUAUGGUAAACUCAUAUUUACCACAUAUGCAUGCGGUUCACAUGAGGUCACACACAAGCAAAGAGGUGGACUCCAGAAAGGCGACGGGUUGUUAAUGCAUCUCUGUGAUGCUUUAAGAUACAGUGUUGAGUUGGAGUGAGUGGUAACCAGCACAGGUGUGUGUGUGUGUGUGUGUGUGUGUGUGUGUGUGUGUGUGUGUGUGUGUGUGUGUGUGUGUGUGUGUGUGUGUGUGUGUGUGUGUGUGUGUGUGUGUGUGCGUGCGUGCGUGUGGUUGUGUCUUAUACCUGAACUUGCCACCGAGAUAACUGGUUUGUGGGAAACCGUUUGAAACAUUGCAAAAACAAGAUAGAAAACCACAAGAAAUACUUUCCAUCAUUUCACCAUCGAUCAGCAAAGACACGCUGGACAGAAGUUCCCACCUCCGGGAACCAUGUUGCAAAUUCAGGAGAUUCCGUGGUUGAGGGGACGUUCAUCACUGCGCGCCAGAGAUGGUGUGUGAGUUCUGGGAAUGGGGCAGUGCUCAAAUUAUUUUGGACAGCAUUUCUCAAGGGGGCUGUUACAUAUUCUGUUAAUAUCCUCUGGCGGGGCUGUGGCCCUAAGUUAACAUGUCAGCUAACACCUUGUUGUUGGAGAAAAGUGGCCAUUGGCCUGUGAACCGUCUCUUCCCUCAUUCCACUCUACAUUGGGCAAAACUAAUUUUGGACUUAGAGGGUGACCUCCGUUUACUUUUAAUAUAUAUUAUUUUGAAUGCGACUGAAUUUUGAAGUCUUCUUUUAUGACUUGGAAUUCAUGGGGGGUGUGAUAUUGAUGCCUCAAAAAGGAAAAACGUGACAUUGACCCUGUUGGGGGAUGGUAACUUCUUUGCAGCCACAUGUUUUUCUGAUGUUGAUGUGAGUCAGAGGACUUAGUUUCCUUGCAGGACACGUCGCACUGUUCUUCUCACACUUCAUCCCGAUGUUGUCGUACUUUAGCCCAAAACUGCAAACACCCAACUACACGCAUUUAUCCUCAAAUGCACUCAUACAUUAUAAAAGCCAUACAAAUUGACACACACAAACAGGUUUGCGUGUGAGGGCGCGGUUGUGCUUUUUUCGGAGGCACAGCUGUUUCUGCUAAUGAUUUGGGUCGGACACUCGACUCUUUGUCCUUUGUCGCAGUUUGGAAAACCAUGUCUCCCACAGAGCUCUAAAUGGUACAACAGCAGAACCUUUUUAAAAGAGGUUGCUGCGCAUCAUCUGACCACAUGUGGACGGCUGCAGCAGAAGAAUGGUGUGUGCGUGUUUCAGACGACGUGUUGUCGAUUACAGAACUUGCCUUAGACAUCAUGGGAUCACAUUCCACAACGUCCAGGGAUCACAUUCCACAACGUCCCGAGAUCACAUUCCACAGCAUCCAGGGAUCACAUUCCACAACGUCCAGGGAUCACAUUCCACAACGUCCAGGGAUCACAUUCCACAACGUCCAGGGAUCACAUUCCACAACAUCCCGAGAUCACAUUCCACAACGUCCCGAGAUCACAUUCCAAAACGUCAUCGGAUCACAUUCCACAACGUCCAGGGAUCACAUUCCACAACAUCCAGGGAUCACAUUCCACAACAUCCAGGGAUCACAUUCCACAACGUCAUCGGAUCACAUUCCACAGCAUCCAGGGAUCACAUUCCACAACAUCCAGGGGUCACAUUCCACAACAUCCAGGGAUCACAUUCCACAAUGUCCAGAGAUCACAUUCCACAACGUCAUCGGAUCCCAUUCCACAACGUCCAGGGAUCACAUUCCACAACGUCCAGAGAUCACAUUCCACAACGUCAUCGGAUCCCAUUCCACAACGUCCAGGGAUCACAUUCCACAACGUCUACGGAUCCCAUUCCACAACGUCCAGGGAUCACAUUCCACAACGUCCAGAGAUCACAUUCCACAACGUCAUCAGAUCACAUUCCACAACGUCCAGGGAUCACAUUCCACAACGUCAUCGGAUCACAUUCCACAACGUCCAGGGAUCACAUUCCACAACGUCCAGGGAUCACAUUCCACAACGUCCAGGGUUCACAUUCCAGGUCUCUGCAUCAAAGCCAAGCGACUGCAAAAGGUCCAACGAUUUAAGCAACACACCAAGUUUAUUUCUGCACUGCAGAAUAUUUGUAAGAUGAUGCACACGAUCAUGAUGGGAGUGCCUCCAACUGUAUGUGUCUAAACAGCCUGACGGAAUGUGAAUAGGCAGAGGAAAUACACACAAACACACAGAGACGGACAUAUCGGAAGAAAUGUAAAUGUUUUACUCAGAUGAUUGGCAUUCAAGUGAAUCAUAAGUGAGUUAUAAAAAUAAAACACACAAUGCCUACCC